AUGAAUGUGUUGACUGUGAUAAACACUUUUGAUGGGUCCGAAGAAGCUGUUAAGCCCGCGCCAGGUGGAAGACGACGGCGUUUAAACGAAGACAACCACGAACGUCAACAAACUAAGAAGAUGCGCUACUCUGGUGGAGGACGGAUCCCCACCAUUGGAUGUAAACACACCUCAGCUAAAUGCUUUUGCCAAGCAGAUAGAUUGACACCCGAUGACCUUGUCAUGAAUUUUCAGAAGUUUCAUGACAAACCUAAUAAGGUGGAUCAGGACGCGGCACUUCUUCACCUGAUGAGCGUAUCUGAGGUAAAACGGCAGCGUCAGAACGACGAAAACCGACAGAAGGGGAGGAAUGUCACCGUGAAAUACAGCCUGCUGUGGGAUGAGCACCCCAACAAAUUGCCAGUUUGCAAGGCCACAUUCCUGUCAGUUUUGGGAAUCAGCAAAGACCGGGCCUCCCGGGUUGCCCGGUAUUAUGCCGAGACUGCAGAGGCUCGUCCGGAGAGAAGAGGUGGUGCGAGAAACAUCGAGGGGAACGACAGUAGAAGGCAACUGAUCAUAAAUCACAUCAAGACCUUCACGUCCAGGGCCAGCCACUAUGGGCGGAGGGGAGCACCUGGGCGCAGGUAUCUGCCAGCUGACCUCAGUGUGCGCAGGAUGCAUGGGCUCUUUGAGGCUCUAAACCACGCACACACAAGCUACUCCCUCUACUACUCUGUUUUUGCCAAAAAUUUCAAUCUUGGCUUCGGCCACCCAGCAACUGAUGCAUGUUCUGAUUGUGCCAAAUACAAAUUCAGAAUCACAGAUCCAAAUAUGACAGAAGCAGAGAGGCAGAUAGAAUCUGCAUCAUUCAUUUUGCAUCGUCGUAGAGCUCGUGUUUUCUAUGACCUACUAGGCAGAGUUGCGAAGGAUUCUGUGUCUGUCUGCUUUGACAUGAUGCAGAAUCUGAUCCUUCCCAAAACUCCAAUAGGGCAGGCCUACUACUCUCGUCAGCUGUAUCUCUACCUGUUUGGUGUUGUAAGACACCAUGGAGAGAAUAGUCGGCAGCCAAAAGAGGAUGUCCAUCUCUAUGUGUGGCAGGAAAAUCAGGGUCCCAAGAACAGCAACAUGAUUCCAUCUGCUUUGAAUGACUGCUUCACAGUUCGCCUUGCCAGUCAAAUUCGCAGAUCCAAGGGGCUUCGGCUCUUCAGUGACUCGUGCUAUGGACAAAACAAAAAUAUGACCAUGGUCUCCAUGCUCAUGGAGCUAAGGCAAACCUUCCCCAAUCUUUGCAUCGAGCACACAUUUCCAGUCAGGGGGCACAGCUAUCUCCCCGCAGAUAGAGUUUUUGGCAGGAUUGAGCAGAAAAUCAGAAGGAUCGACACAAUUCUCCUGCCACAAGAAUACCAUGCCCUCCUGCAGCAGUUUGGUAAUGUGUACAUUUACGGCACAGACUGGAAGGCUUUUGAUUACAAGUCAGCUACAAAAGAGUGCGUGAAGGCGCAGAGAAGCUUCAAGAUCAGUGAAGCACGCAUGCUGGAUUUGAGUACCAACAAGGUUGGUAUAAAGGUGGCAUACAAUGGGGAGUACUGCUUCCACAGUGUGCUGAAACGGGGCAAACGGUGGGCUGACCUGAAACCUGCCAUUCUUGAAAGCCAAACCACAGUGAAGAAAGCAAAGAAGCAAGAUGUGGUUGCACUCCUGAAAGCAAUAGGUGUGUCUGAGGCAGUGAGCGCAUUUUAUAGUGAUGCACUAUCUGAUGUGAAUGAAAACGCUCACCAGAGUGACGAAGACCCAGAAUAA